AUGGCCCAAUCCCCCGUCAAAACCCGACUGCGCGAGUCACUAGAGCGAGCCAAAGCCCGGCAAGGGCCGAGUGUCGGCCAGUGGUUGGAGUUCCCAGGAUACACGCUUGCCAAGACGGUGGCGGGCUUGGGUGAAGAUUGGGUCCUCAUCGAUUGCGAGCAUGGCAACAUCGACGACAAUGCCAUGUAUCUCCAAGUGGGAGCCAUCUCUUCAUCGGGAGUAUCUCCCAUAGUGAGAAUAGCCGGGAGUGAACCAUGGAUGAUAAAGAGAGUUCUCGAUGCUGGCGCCCAUGCCAUCAUGGUCCCAAUGUGUGAAACAAAAGAACAAGCUGAAUCGAUCGUGAGGGCAUGCAAGUACCCGUCAUCAAAAUGGCCAGCCGGAGUCCGAGGCGCCGGUGCAAUGUUCGCCCCUGCCGCGUUCAACCAGAACGGUCGCGAGUAUUUACUCACCGCCAAUGAGAAUGUAAUGAUAUGUGUGCAGAUAGAGAGCCGCACGGCAGUUGAGAAUGUCGAAGCUAUUGCCAGUGUGGAAGGAAUCGACAUGCUUUUUAUUGGCCCAAACGAUCUGGCUUCGUCGAUGGGAUAUAUCGCAUUUGACCACGCAUCGAUCCCAGAAGUCCAAGAGGCAACAAAGAGAGUCCUCAAGGCAGGUCUUGAUGCAGGAAAAUACGUCGGACACUUUGCUCUCAGCCCAGAGAUUGCGGCGCAAAAGUACGACCAAGGCUUCCACUUUGUCAAUUGCGGAGCAGACAUCGUGGCCAUUACAGCUUGGAUGGGAACCGCGAUGACCACACUUAGCCAACUAACUUCGCACUCCACAAAGGCUGGCAAUGGUGAAACCAAUGGUGUAAAGGGUUCCAAGGGGGGAGGGGAGAAUGAGACUUCAGUUGAUCAAGUAAACGGGAAUGGGCAACAGCUAGAAUACAAUUAG